AUGAGCAGCUACAACGAUAACAGAUACAACACCAACUACGAGGACGCCUCUUAUGUCCACGGUUCUCCCGGAAUUCGCCAAGAGGAGGUGCGCGUGCAUAAUAUCAACUCACCCUCUGUCCCCAUCUCCUCGAUGGCUCCCAAUCAGUCCGCUCAAGAGUACAAGCCGUAUGCUGGCGCCUACAGUGAGUCAACCUGGGACAAACCAUCCGUCGUCAAGAGCAAUAAAGCGAGGCUGUCAACGGCCAAGGGUAACAGUCUCGACGAAGUCAACAUCAGCAGAGACCCCUACGCAACGACCAUCGUCCCAAAGAACGAGAACUACGACAAGGGCAAUAAUCACAGCUUUGUCGGAUUCAAGAGGAUGGGUGGCUGGCACGCGACGCGUUUCAUAUUCUACGUUCUCACACGCAUCGCACAAAUGGGUGUAGCAGUCGUCUGCAUUGCGUUCCUGGCAGAGUCUCGCCGCAAGCGUUCCUACGACAAUAUUGAAGCUGUAGAGCGCAAUACGCAGAUUGCCAUUUUUGUCGUCGGCGGGCUGACAGCGCUCACAGCCCUUAUUUCAAUUCUUCUUCAUUUGUGCGCGCGCACUCGCCAGCGCAUUGAAAAGUCGAGGCUGUCGUGGUUUACUUUGGUGCUGAGCUUUGUCAUUUUUGGCGCCUGGGUCGUGCUUGUUCUAAUCAACAUCAUUGUCGUUGAUUGCUCCAAGAAAGUUGACGGUAGUUGGUGCCGCGACCUCAAGGUCAGCUCGGCUACUGGAUUGAUAUCUGCCCUGCUGGCCAUGAUUAUCGUGUUGCGCAGCUUCAGCAUGUUGGUCAGGGCCGGCAGAAUAAACAUGCGUGUCAAGCAGUCGAACAUGUAG